AUGAAUACGAAACAUUCAUCUUCUCCAACGAAGCUCUGGCAAUCAGAAAAUGUUAGGUCAGGUGUACACAGUAGCUCGCGGAUCGCACCACUUUGCCGUUGCGGAGACAACACUGCUCUACGUAGGGCAACAACUGAGAAGAAUUAUGGAAGGAACGUAGAACACUGUUGUCUCAGCAAAGACAAAGUGGUGCGAUCCGCGAGCUACUGUAUACACCUGAUCCAAUACUUUCUGAUUGACUUGGCUUCGUUGGGGAAGAUGAAUGUUUCAUAUUCAUGGAGAAAAGGGAAGAAGAUGAAGAAAGUACAACAAUUUUUGAGAAGGAGAACGUUAACAAAAUUUUGUGAAGGAGAUUUUGAACCACUGUCAAAUACGAUGUCUGCAUGUAAAGAAGAAGAAGAAAAAUGUCAGUUCACUUGCCACCUCACGCAAAUAAAUGGACGUUGGAGGCCAAUUAACGGAAGGACUAACAUGGUUGCAUUUUAA